AUGCAUCAUCUCGACGUGAGCGUCGACCAAGCAAGGAAGGAAGAGGGAAGUAGUGGCGCCGGCAGUGUGUCAGCUGUGCGCGUGGCCCCGGAGCGAGCGUGCGGGGAGUCGGGCCAGUGCGCAGCACUGCGCGCGCAGGUCUGCGCGGCCGGCCCGCUGGUGGUGGGGGUCGAGCGAGUCGCCCGGACCUCGUCAGUCGGUGAGAGAGCGAUGUCGAGCGCGAAGCGGUUGUGUUGCGCGCGCGCCGCGGCGGCGGCUGCUGCGGCGGCGGCGGCGGCCGUGCCGGCGCCCCGGCCCCGCUCGCCCGACAGCCUGCUCGACCUGGCGGCGCGCAUCGUGGCCGCCAGCAUCCCGUUCCAGCGCAUCGAGGAGCGGUACGACCGCAUACCCGAGCCCGUGCAGCGCCGCGUCAUCUUCUGGUCGUUUCCGCGCAACGAGCGCGACAUCUGCAUGUACUCGUCGCUGUCGAGGGUGCCACCCGUCACCACCGCCUCCGAGCAGCACAACCUGUCCUUCUACAAGGGCGUCAAGCUCCUGGAGGCGGGCUGUGUGGACGGCGUACUGCAAGUCGGCUUCCACCUGAGCGGCGUGGUGUCGACCCCGCGCGCCAGCGGACCCCCCUCCGCCUCGUACGUCCCAGAGCCCGACAAGAAGUACAAGGUGUCCGUCAGCUUCGACAGGUGCAAGAUCACGUCGGUGACCUGCAGCUGCGACACCAAGGACAUCUUCUGGUGUCAGCACGUGGUGGCGCUGUCGCUCUACAGGAUACGCAACGCCGACAGCGUCCGACUCAGAGUUCCUAUAUCAGAAACGCUUCUGCAGAUGGAUCGACAACAGCUGCAGAAGUUCAUCCAGUACCUGAUCUCGGAGCACCACACGGAGGUGCUGCCAACCGCGCAGAAGCUGGCAGAUGAGAUCCUGGUGCAGCGCUCGGAGAUAAACCAAAUACCAGGGGCGCCUGACCCGACGGCGGGAGCCAGCGCUGACGACGACCACAGCUGGCAUCUGGACGAGGAGCAGGUGUGCGAGCAGGUCAAGUCCUACCUGUCGCAGGGCAGCUACUACAACGCCAACAAGCAGCUCAAUUCCCUCUUCGCUAAGGUGAGGGAGAUGCUCAGGGCGCGCGACUCCAACGGGGCGCGCAUGCUGACGCUCAUCACAGAACAGUUCCUCUCCGACCCGAGGCUGUUCCUGUGGAAGACGCAGGGCACGCCCAUGACUGACAAGUGCCGGCAGCUGUGGGACCAGCUGGGGGCGCUGUGGGUGUGUGUCGUCCUGAACCCGCACUGCACGCCCACGGAGAAGCUGCACUGGAAGGUCCUGCUGGAGAAGUGGUCGCUCAUCGAUGUGUGCCCGCAAGAGGACCCCGACUUCCGCCCCCAGCCACCGCCUCGGCAGGACGGGAUCCACAUACGCUACGACUCCUCAGACAGCAGUUCGGACGAGGAUGGCGCUGGGGGCGGGGGAGGCGGUGGGGGUGGGUACCGACCGGUGGAGACCCGCCGCCCCAGAGGGGGCAGAGAGCGGUCCCGCCACGCCCGGCCAGCAGCGUGCAUCCUGCCCAGGACUGUGUUCCACAGGGCGCUGGAUGCCGUCAGCAUGUCGUGGGAGAACAUGCACCUGAAGAACAUCCUCUCCAGCGACACGUACUGCAGCCACAUCUUGGACUGCGCCCUCACGUCCGGCAGCUUCAACACCCUGGGGCAGCCCCUCUGGAAUGAGCCGCUAGCGACGUGCGCGGCGCGGGUGGACGCCCUGCGCUCCCACGGGCACCAGAGCGCGGCGCUGCGGCUAGCAGUGUCGGUGGUGCGGGCCAUGAAGCAGCAGCAGCUAGCGGCUCAGCGACGCUGGCACGAGAGCCAGCAGCUGCAGCACGCCCACUCCCUGGCCUGCACGUCUCGCUGCCAGCCACCCCUCCAUCCCGCCCCGCCCACGGGCGGCUGGGGCGACGGCUGGGUGGGCCACCCCCUCGACCCCGUGGGCUGCCUCUUCGACACCCUCGCCGAGGCGUCCGUCAUGCCCGACGACCACCUGGUCCGCCCCCACUCCUUCUUCGACUCCCUGGGGCUGGAGGAGGCGAGCAGCAGCGUGCCGCCGCGCUACCAGCACGUCCCGGUCGUGGGCUCCAGGGACCGCUCCGAGACCUACCUCACCCUGGCAGUGGAGGUGGCCCUGAUAGGCCUGGGCCAGCAGCGAGUCAUGCCCAGCGGCCUGUACGCCCAGGAGAAGUCCUGCAAGCAAGAGGACCGGCUGAUCGCCAAGCUACAGGAGGUGGAGCUGGACAACGUGUUGGUGCCCGUGCUGAGGCGGCAGGCCAUCGCGCUCCUGGAGGGCGGCCCCACCAGCGGCCUGGGGCUCGGCAUCCACCCCGAGAGCAUCCCCAUGCACACCUUCGCCCGCUUCAUGUUCCUGUCGCUGCUCAACUACUUCCCCGACCUGGCCUACGAGGUGGGCCUCAGGGCCAUGAGGUUACCUAUCCUGGAGGAGCACGAGGAUGCAGACGACCCAGUGAGCGGGAACGUCUCGUCACUGGUGCUGAGUCACUACCCUCGGUGGUUCACAUUGGGCCACAUCGAGACACAGCAGUGUGCUCUUGCGUCUACCAUGCUGAGUGCUGCCAAAGACCGCGGCCAUGUUCCAGGCGAGGUCCCCCGGUUGCGCACGGUGCUGGAGUCGGCACAGCGCCACAUCCACAGUUCCUCGCACCUCUUCAAGCUGGCGCAGGACGCCUUCCGCUUCGCCACGCCGGAGAACGGCCCGCGCCACCCGACGCUGCUGAGCGUGGCCUUCGAGCUGGGCCUGCAGGUGAUGCGCAUGACCCUGUCGUCACUGAACUGGCGGCGGCGGGAGAUGGUCCGGUGGCUGGUGACGUGUGCCACGGAGGUCGGCGUGGAAGCCCUUGUGUCCAUCAUGCAGAACUGGUACCAGCUGUUCACGCCGACUGAAGCCACGGGCCCAGUGGCGACGACAAUAAUGUCACACAGCACGAUCAUGAGACUCAAUCUGUCCUUCUCCCAGCAAGAGGAGUUGUCUGGGUGCGCACGGAACCUAGCGCUCCAGUGUGCGACUAAAGACCCACCAAGUUGUGCCUUGAAUGCCUUAACACUCUGUGAAAAUGAUGCUCUCGCCUUUGAGACUGCAUAUCAAAUUGUGAUUGAUGCUGCAUCGCAUAUCAUGACAUCUUCGCAGCUGUUCACGAUCGCAAGGUACAUGGAGCACCGCGGCUACCCGACCCGUGCGUACAAACUCGCAAUGCUUGCCAUGAAGAAUGUGCAUCUUGCCUACAAUCAGGACACGCAUCCGGCCAUCAACGACAUCCACUGGGCGUGCGCGCUGAGCCACUCGCUGGGCAAGACGGAGCUCUCCAGCAUGAUCCCGCUGCUGGUGAAGAACGUGCAGUGCGCCACGGUGCUGUCUGACAUCCUGCGCCGCUGCUCCAUGACGGCGCCGGGCGUCUCCUGCCCCGACGCCGGCAAGCACCACCACCACCACCACCAUCACCACCACCACCACCACCACCGCGGCGGGGGCGGGGGGGGCGGCCGCUGCGGGGGCGGCGCGCGCCCCCUCUCCUACGACCGCCCCCCGCUGCGGCCACUGCUGGAGGCGGCCGUCGCGGCCUACGUCAACACCACGCACUCGCGCCUCACGCACAUCUCCCCGCGCCACUACGGGGACUUCAUAGACUUCCUGGGCAAGGCCCGCGACACCUUCGUGCUGGCGCUGGACGGCCACGCCCAGUUCGCGCAGCUCGUCGAGAACAUGAAGGUCGCCUACAAGGGCAAGAAGAAGCUCAUGUUCCUGGUGAAGGAGAGGUUCGGGUGAUAGCGGUCGUGGCAUCAUCCCCCGCCGACCGCGUGCCAUGACGAGCGUCGUGUCGCCGUGCCCGCCAUCCGUCGCUUAGCCCGACGAGUGUGUAGUCGUUUACUAUUUUUAAGACUGUUGACUUAACAUAUUUAUGAUCUAAUAGGUCAGGAGAACUAUCUAGGCUUCGUGAUGCAUCAGAUUUUACGGCUUGCUUGCAGAAGUAGCGGUGAAUUAAAUAUGUUUAUUUAUUAUUAUUUCUGAUUGUACGUUAUUUCUCACUGAUGAUAAUACUAUCAAAGAAAGGUUCAUUUUAUCUACUUAAAUUGGCUUUUUAUUUCAAAAAAGUUAUUCAUUAUGUAACAUACUUUUUUUUUAAAUAAAUAUUUGUAAAAAUUUUUUUUAUUUAUUGUUAUGCAGAGUGCCAAAACGUGUAAAAUGUAAAGAAUUUAUAUGUUCUAAAAAAAUUCCUGUGGAAGGGUUUAUUUUAUGCAUUUAUAAUUAUAUGUAUGUCACAAAACUGUGUAAGAUGAGUUCCGUAAUCUUCCAAGAUAUUGUCUCUGAAAGUGAGACAGUUCUUCAUUCCACUGUGUGCGUGUAGCGAUAAGAAGGUUGUGCUGACCACUCAGCUUCUGUUCAUGUUUGAAAAUGUGGCUUAUAGUGAACUUAUAGUAUAACAAUUUUUUCACCUAGAACACUAUAUUAUUGCAGAAAUUUAUUUUGCUACAGUUGUUUAAUAUAAUUGGAAUUGGUAUUACUGUCCCUAGAAAAUUGUUUAGAAUAUUCUUUUUUUUUUUCAUUUAAAUAAGGAUUUCUAAUGUGGGAAAGGUGUGACUUAACUGUUCUGAUAUUUUUAAUUUAUUCUUUACUAUGUACAUGAAUUUCACUAUGGGUUACAUGCCGUAUAAGUGUAAAUCAUCAUUUAAAUUUUGCUGGGUUUAAUAAUGCUGUUCUUUUUUUAUAUACCAAAUUUUUUGGUAAACCUGUUAGUAAGGAAAAAAAAUUAGUUUUAGUUAAUUAUGUUCUUAUGCUGUGCAGAAACUUAUUAUAAUGAGAAAAUAUUUUCAAUAUUGUUUGUAUAUAAAACUGUGGUUUAAGUUCCGUGGUGAGAAGGCUUCUGGAAAAAUCUUAAUAGUAUGGAAAAUUAAACUAAAAAAUGUUUCUAUUAGUUUUGUGAGCGUAAGAAUCAUUGCUCCCUGAAAAAGAUACAAGUGACAUUUCACGACUGCUGGGCAGGCAGAAUGCACUGCCGGGUUGUUGGGGGAAGGGCUAUGAAAACAGUUCUAGGCAGUUCUAGUGUGGCUGUGUCUACGCACAGUAGUGUUUCGCUUUAUCAGGUUCUUUGACACUGGAGAGUAAAGUGUUUGUUCAAGGAUGUAGUUUCUUAUUUCUUUACAGGGUUGCCACUUAUGAAGACAAAAAAAAUUCCCUGUCAUUUUCAUUAUUUCCCAGAUUGUAAAAUAUACUCAAUUCCCCUUAUUUAUUAUAUAUAAAUAUUAAAAUAUACAAAGCUUACAAAUCCAACCAUUUUUAUAAAUCAGGUGUUUUUUGAGCUCUUGAUCUUGAAGAUGAAUUAUUGUUCAUGCUAACCACAGGGAAAUACACAGUCAUGCUUAUGCCGUGUUAUAGGUGUGCUAAGAGAGUGCCCCGUAUGCAAAUGUAUUUUGUUGACUAGGAAAUUGUUACGCACAAAUAAUAUUUUUCUGCAUUUAUUGAGAGAGGAAGAAACUUUUUCAUAUAUUUGGAAAAUAAAUUUGUACAUUCAUGUUAGAUGUGAUGUUGGGCAUGGAAGAAGUACAACCUUACAUAUGCACAUGCAGUGUAUAAAAAAUUUUGGACGGAAUUUUAUAAGGAAUUUGUGAGAGUGUAGAGAAGCUAUUAAAAAAAAAAAAGACUGCUUUGGUUUGCUCAAGCUCAACUAACAAUUGAGGACUUGGCAGGUGAAAGAGAAUGGAGGACACUCCCUAGCAGAAAGAUGAGGUGAAAGGUUGGUGCUUGGAACUUGUCGACUAGCAGUGUUAUAAACCAAAAGGCGGUAGG